UGCUGGGUGGCGGAUCGAUAGUUUGUCAUGGAUGAUGAUGAUGACUCCUGUCUCCUCGAUCUUAUUGGAGACCCGCAAGCAUUGAACUAUUUUCUACAUGGACCUAGUAAUAAACCUAGCAGCGAUGACUUGACGAGUGCAGGGUACCCUGCAGCCAACUCCAACUCAAUUUUUGCCAACUCCACUAAUGCUGAUCCUAAAUCAUCCCUCAAAGGUGUAAGCAACCAGCUUGGAGAAGGGCCCAGUGAUGGGCUGCCACUCUCAAGUAGCCUUCAGUUCCUUGAAGAUGAACUUGAGUCUUCCCCACUUCCUGAUCUCAGCGAGGACCAACCUUUUGACAUUCUUCAGAAAUCCUUGCAAGAGGCAAACAUCACUGAACAGACACUGGCAGAAGAGGCGUACUUGGAUGCCAGUAUAGGCUCCAGUCAACAGUUUGCACAACCGCAGCUUCAUCCUUCUUCAUCAGCAUCCUUUACUCAGGCUUCUAAUGUUUCCAGUUACUCAGGUCAGACGCUACAGCCGAUAGGGGUGACACACGUGCCCGUGGGAGCAUCGUUCGCGAGCAGCACGGUGGGUGUGCAGCAUGGCUUUAUGCAACACGUGGGCAUCAGUGUUCCCAGCCAGCAUUUGUCUAACAGCAGUCAGAUUAGUGGUUCUGGUCAAAUACAGUUAAUCGGGUCAUUUGGUAAUCAGCCUUCCAUGAUGACUAUUAAUAACCUCGAUGGGUCACAGAUCAUAUUAAAGGGCAGCGGGCAGCAAGCCCCGUCAAGUGUGAGUGGAGGGCUGCUGGUCCACAGACAGACUCCGAAUGGCAACUCCCUCUUUGGGAACUCCAGUUCCAGCCCCGUAGCACAGCCUGUCACUGUUCCAUUUAACAGCACAAAUUUUCAAACGUCUUUACCUGUGCAUAACAUCAUCAUACAAAGGGGUCUCGCACCAAAUUCAAAUAAAGUCCCGAUUAAUAUCCAACCAAAGCCUAUCCAGACAGGUCAGCAGAACACAUACAAUGUGAACAACUUGGGAAUCCAGCAGCACCACGUGCAGCAAGGGAUUUCUUUUGCCUCUGCGAGCUCGCCCCAGGGCUCUGUCGUCGGCCCACACAUGUCGGUGAACAUCGUCAACCACCAGAACACACGGAAGCCCAUCACCUCGCAGGCCGUGAGCAGCGCCGGGGGCAGUAUCGUCAUCCACUCCCCCAUGGGCCAGCCUCACACACCCCAGAGUCAAUUCCUCAUCCCCACCAGCCUUGCCGUCACCUCCAGCUCGGUCCACCAUGUCCAGACCAUCAACGGGCAGCUUCUGCAGACUCAGCCCUCCCAGCUCCUUCCCAGCCAGGUGGCCUCAGAGCACAUCAUGCUGAACAGGAACUCCUCCAGCAUGCUCAGGGCCAGCCAGCCGUAUUCCGGACCCAUGCUGAACAGCCAGAAUGCUGCCGCCGUCCAAUUAGUGUCCGGCCAGACCUUUGCCACCUCCGGCAGUCCUGUGAUUGUCAACCACGCCUCCCCUCAGAUCGUAGGUGGACAGAUGCCCUUACAGCAGGCAUCUCCAACCAUGUUGCACCUGUCACCUGGGCAGAGCAGCGUUUCCCAAGGAAGGCCUGGCUUUACCGCCAUGCCCUCAGUGACCAGCAUGGCAGGACCCAGUCGGUUCCCAGCUGCCAGCUCAGCCAGCACUGCCCAUCCUAGUCUUGGGCCUACAUGUCAGUCUGGGGCCUCAGGAGCAAACUUUACUGGAGAUCAGCUGGCCCAGCCCAACAGGACUCCGGCACCAGUCAGUGCAUCUCAUCGUCUUCCAGUUCCUUCUUCCAAAUCGACCAGCGCCUUCAGUAAUGCGCCUGGCACAGGAGCCCAGCAACAGUUCUUCUGCCAGGCUCAGAAAAAGAGUUUAAAUCAAACCUCCCCUGUUUCCACUUCCAAGGCUGCAGAUGGCCUGAGGCCGGCGCAGAUCCCCGGGCUCCUGAGCACCACACUGCCAGGACAGGAUACAGGAAGCAAAGUGAUGCCAGCAUCCUUGGGAACCGCACAGCCACAGUUGGAGAAGGCAGUGGGGUCGUCUCCUGGGCAGCCAGCUGUGCAGGUGGACGGUCACUUGGGAGGACAGAAGAGGCCAGCCACAAAACAGCUCACGAAAGGCGCUUUAAUCCUCCAGCAGCUACAGAGGGACCAAGCCCACGCCGUGACCCCCGACAAGAGCCAGUUCCGCUCACGCAGUGACGCAGUGCAGAGGCUGCUCUCCUACCAUGUGUGCCAGGGCUCCAUGCCCACUGAGGACGACUUGAGAAAAGUGGACAGUGAGUUUGAAACAGUUGCCACUCAGCUCCUAAAAAGGACACAAGCUAUGCUUAACAAAUACAGAUGCCUGCUCCUGGAAGAUGCCAUGCGGAUCAAUCCCUCCGCAGAGAUGGUGAUGAUCGACCGAAUGUUCAACCAGGAGGAGAGAGCAUCCCUGUCCCGAGAUAAGCGCCUGGCACUUGUAGACCCUGAGGGCUUUCAGGCCGAUUUCUGUUGCUCCUUCCAACUUGAUAAAGCUGCUCACGAGACACAGUUUGGCAGGAGCGACCAGCAAGGCGGGAAAGCAGCCAGCUCACUCCACCUGGCAGCCAAGGCCCAAAGCAGAGACCGAGCCAAGCUGAGCCUGACAGAACCAACGAAUCAUGACCAGUUUCAUCCAGUGCCUAAUCACAUCGUGGUCUCCGCGGAGGGAAACAUCUUGAAAAAGUCGGAAUGUCUCGGCCAAGCCCUGAAGUUUGACAAAGCAGCCUUGGCACAGUACCGGAGCAUGUGUGACGACAAGGGCAGCCGCAGAGACCCAGGGAAGUGUUCCCCCGGGCCCGAGGGCCACCUCAGAACCUUGUCCUGCCCAGACCAUGGUGCCGAGAGCAAACUGUCCAGCAUCCUCGCAGAUUCGCACUUGGAAAUGAUGUGUAACAACUCCUUCCACGACAAAGCACUGAGGAACUCCCCAAAGAAUGAAGUCCUACACACAGACAUCAUGAAGGGGUCUGGGGAGCCACAGGCAGACCUCCAGCUCACCAAGACUUUAGAAACAACAUUUAAGAACAUCUUGGAGCUCAAAAAGGCUGGGCGGCAGCCCCAGAGUGACCUGGCAGGGAGCGGCUCUGUGGAGCUCGAUUUCCCCAACUUCUCUCCAAUGGCUUCGCAGGAAAACUGCCUAGAAAAGUUCAUCCCGGACCACAGCGAAGGUGUUGUAGAGACGGACUCAAUUUUGGAAGCAGCUGUAAAUAGUAUCUUAGAGUGUUAAUAGCAGCAGCGCCCCCGCCCUCCCAGUCCAGACAAGUUAGCUACUCCCCUGCAGAAGCGAAUGGAAGCAGGCUCCUAUCUCCGCCUGCUUUCAUCUCUCAUCACAGGUUUCCUUUCUAUCUUAGCCCCGUCCUUUGUUUCAGAGCAAUACUGUCACGGUUACAGGGAGAUCCUUGAGGAAAAUCAGCCCUUGGUAGAAAGCAGUCUGAUAGGCCCCACACAGUCAAGUGUUCUGAAAGUGCUACGGUCCUUUCUGUCUGUCUGUUGGUGUGUUUGUGUGUGUGUGUGUGUGUGUGUGUGUGUGUGUGUGGUUUUUUUUUUUUAAAACACUGUCACUCAAUGAGACCACAGUACACUUGGCCCUGGGUAAAAUUCUGACAAUCAUAAGUCGUUUGAGAAGAACAGACUUAUUAAAGAAAAUCAAACAGGACUGAUAGAAGCUACUUUUAAAGAAUAUCCAACUGCAGCUCUUAAUUGCUGUUUUUUUUGUCUUGUUUCUGUUUUGAGGAUUUUAGGUGGGGAAGACCACAGAAUUGCUCCCCGCUCAGCCCUCACUGAGCCCCAAGCCAGGAGCGCGGAGCGGAGUACUGCUUGUUCGGUGCUUUUCAGGGCUCCUGGAGCAGAGCUGCGUGCCUGGGCACCAUGCUGAGUCCACCUAGGGAGCACUCUGUUCACAGCUGCAACAGCAUGGCCCAAAAUAAUCCAUCGGGCUCAUAAAGGAGGAUGGAGAUGGGUGAAGUGGCACAGUGUACAGGGGAGGCCAAACAGAGCCAUGAGGAUGAUAAUAUGUAUAUAUAUGUAAAAGCAUAUACAUGUUAACUAUUGAAAACAAACCAAGAGUUUUGCAUUUUAUAAUUGGGUAGAGUCAACAUACAGUGUAUGUUUUUGUCCAUUGCUGGGUUGUGUUUCCUGACCCUCUGUACCCACUCCCACAGCAAAUAGCCAAACAUCAGAAGCACUUUCAUUAGAAAGCUAUGUUGUAAUUUUUCAGUUUAAACUUGAAGGGGACUUUGGCCUUGUUGAUGCUCCUUGUCAUCUGAGAACAGUAGUCACCCUGGCAGCAAUCAUUACCAAAACACAGACAAACCAAAGGUAACCAGCCAGCCCAUCACUUCGCAGAGUGCCGAAGGACACGCCCUGUCAGCCUCUGUGUUUGGCCUGUUCGUGUCUGUAACAUGACUUCCUGCUUUAUUUAUUUAUACUUCUUUUCAGGGAAUGUUCCCUACUUUCCUCUCUCAUACACCUGUCCCAGGUCAUCCCAUUCCUGUUGCUUGGUUCUCAGUGUCAUUGGCCCCGUCACUGGAAGCGACACAGUGGCCACCCUUCUGCGGGUGCAGGGGUCUGAGCUGUUGGGUCACGGCGUGUGCCCCAGCUUGCUUACUCUGCUGUCUCCCUGCCUGAGGAGCACCCACUGUUCUCCACUCUGAUAUGUCCCAAAUGGGGAUGCCCCGGGGCUGGGGAUGUAGCUCAGUGGCACUGCGUCUGCCUCGAAAGCAAACGGUCCUGAGUUUGAUCCCCGAUACCAAAAAAAACAAAACAAAUGGGGAAGCCCCUCAUUGUUGCUGUGUUGGGCCUGCAGUGGAAAAGAAGGUUUCUGAUUAUCCAGAAGCAUAGCAGCAGCAGACCCUGCCCUGUGCCCCUCCAUCCUGCCACACAGAGAACCCCGACAGCCAGGCUUUGUGAAAGCGGCUUAUCACCUUCUCCCUGCCCCACUGAAGAAGGAAAACCUAGGCCCUCCGAGGUCUCCAGUUUUUCCCUACUUGUGCCAAUGUCCAAGUCCCAGGUCCACUCUCCUGUAUUAUAAUCUGUUAGCUAAGUUGGUAUUGCCAGUUGUACCUUCCUGUUUGGGUAGCCCUGGGUUAACAAGAACCCCAUGAUUUUAUAAGCUCUUCUUUUAAUUCAAAAUGGUCCCUCCUGAUAAAUUUUUUUCACUGUGGAACUUUAUACCCACAAGCCUUCAUGUAGGCUCCUAAUGAAUUUCAUUAAUUAUUGCAAAUCAAUGGAAUUAUUAUUUUUAUCUUUUUUAAAAGUAUUGGGGAUCAAACCCAGAAGCGCUCGGGCCGGGCAUUUAGCUCAGUGGUUCUGGCGCCUGCCUCACAAGCGCAAGGUCCUGAGUUCUAUCCCUGGUACCAAAAAAAAAAAAACAAAACCCAGAAGCGCUCUACCACUGAGCUCC